GAGGUCCGUGUGGAAGAAAAUGUGGGAGUAAAAUGAUGCGUGCAAGUGGAGCUGUGUUAGCUCGCCGAGAGUGAACGGUGAACAACAGCACGAGAGAAGCCGAGAGCAGCAGCAUCGAUCGCGAUCUCGGCCAGCUGAGAGAAAGGCGCAGCAACAGCCACAGUUCGUCCGUCCGUCCGUGUUGCUGGUGUGCGCAAGCUCGGCACAAUUUAGCAGGCUCUGUCCAAAUCCCCGCAUACUUCGAUCUCGACAUUCGCCUUCGCGACCACGCGAGCCGGGUAGUUCUGUGCAGUGAACUUAGCAAACAUUGAGUGAAACAGCUGAAUCCAUUAUUCAACAAAGAGUGAAGUCAUCUAUACAUCGUGCAAUUGUGUCGCUCGGUAAACGGUCAAAGAUCGUGCCAAUGAUCGCGAAAACUGUGUGCGUUGAAUGCAGUAAGUGCAUAGAAUCGAAAAACGAACAGUGAGUAGUGCAGUGCUUAGUGUGAUUCGACGACUAUUGAUAUCGGAAUGAUUGUAACGAUCAGUUUGUGAUUUUGAAAAAAAAAAAACAAAAACCGCCUACUGUAUGUUCUACGGAUAGCAUAUGGGCCCAGAUGUAUGAUUCGACCAUUUGAAUCAGUAUUUAGCGUACCAAACAUCGGCGACAUGAACGGCGUUACAAUGAUGGACGAGAACGACAUGGAUAUUAAGAGCCCGAUACGGCGUCUGGGAUCUACGAGAAAGCUGAAUCUGUUCAACAAUAUCAGACAGCAGCUAAACGAGCAGCUCAAAUUUUUGGACGUCCGCAUGGAAGCACAGAUAGCACUCGUACAGGAACUACAAGACUUCUUCCGACGGCGCGGCGAGGUGGAACUGGACUACAGCAAAAGCUUGGACAAGCUAGCUAAAAGCCUACAGCUGCGACACAAAGAGCAGCGCCAAAAACGCGAGCAAUGGCCAAUGUUCUCUUCCUACUCGUGCUGGCAGCAGCUUGUCAAUCAAACCAAAUCUCUAUCCAGAGACCAUGCGGCCAUGUCGGAAAUUUACUCUACCCAUCUGGUGGCCCGUCUGCAGACCGUGUGGGACGACGUCCAGCGCAUAUACAGAAAGUGUCGAGAGAUUGGGUUUGAGACGCACGUGGAAAUACUGCGAAUCUUACAAGAACUCCACACGAACAUGAAAACGUACCAUACGCUGCAGACGGAAGCGAAGGAAGCCGAAAAAAAGUUGCGACUGGCCGAAAAUCAACGGAUGAAGCUGCAGCAGAGUGUCCCCAAGGAGAAGCUGGAUCGCAGCAAAAAGUAUCGUUUGAUCGAGAAGGAGGUGCUGAAGCGUAAAAACAAAUACACGGACGCACGGCUGAAAGCGCUGAAGGCCAAGAACGAGUAUCAGCUAUGCCUGGAAGCUUCCAACACGACGAUUCACAAAUAUUUCGUCGAAGACCUGAGCGAUCUGAUUGAUUGCAUGGAUCUUGGUUUCCAUUCGGUUGUGUCGCGCGCUCUGCUGAUGCACGUCUCCGCGGACCAGGGUCGGUGCCGGGCGGUGCUGCAUAAUGCCGAAACACUGUCGCACAUCGUCAACUCUAUGGACAGUCGCGCCGACAAGCAGAAGUUUCUUGAGCAACAUAGUGCCGCUUUCAUGAUUCCGAAGCGGUUGGAGUUUCAGGGCCAGGACGAGGACGUUGAGCCGGAGCUGCAGAAGGCGUUGCAUCAGGAGAUGGAAUCUCGGCUGAUGCAGCUCGAGCAACGCGUGAACAAUUUGCGCAUGGAGUCGGAGGAGAUAUGGAAAACGCUGGAAACGGCAGAAAUCAAUCUGCUCGAUAUACUCAACACGAAGGACUAUGACUGCGCUGGCGCGUUUGGCGAUGGUGCAGUCGCCUUCCAAAAACCCGAAAACACGUCCGUCAAAUUACGAUCGGACAAGAACGAAAUCGAGGAAUUCUAUAUAACGAAAAUACGCGAAUACAUUCUGGCAACAUCACGGAUAGCACGGUUGGACUCGAAGGCGGAAUAUCUUCGUAAUGCGUUAGCAAAAGAUUCGGCCAUCAAAACGGACACGCUGACGAAGUCGAACGUGCCGAAGCGGAAGCGCAUCGGCCGCAUGAACAAAUCGGGUCGGCCGAAGCUGUUUGGCGGCUCGUUGGAGGAAUACCUUGAAGUGUCCGGAGAAGAAAUUCCAUUAAUUGUGCGAAGCUGCAUAAGAGUUAUCAAUCUCUACGGAUUGCACCACCAAGGCAUAUUCCGAGUCUCAGGAUCUCAAGUAGAAAUAAGUAACUUUAAAGAAGCCUUCGAACGGGGCGAUGAUCCGCUGGCUGAAAUGACCGAUGCAUCCGACAUCAACUCUGUUGCGGGCGUUUUGAAACUCUAUCUACGAGAACUGCGCGAGCCACUUUUCCCAUUAAUCUACUUCGAUCACUUUGUUCAGCUGGCGCAACUCGAAUCCAAGCACGACAUCGUAUCAGGCAUUCGUAAAUUCUUCCUAAGUCUACCCAAGUCAGUGGUGGUGGUUGUUCGGUAUCUGUUUGCAUUUUUGAACCACCUUUCCGAAUAUUCUGACGAAAAUAUGAUGGAUGCUUACAAUCUGGCUAUCUGCUUCGGUCCCACAUUGAUGCCAGCCCCGGAGGAUAAGGACCAAGUGCAGUAUCAGAAUCAAGUGAAUGAGCUAAUCAAAAACAUCAUCGUCCAUCAUGCCGAGCUGUUUCCGAAAGAUCUUGGCGGAAUGCAGUAUGAGAAGUUUAUCACUUCAGAAACCUUUGAAGACAUUGAUGUUGGUGACUCGCCCACAGAGCAGGUAUCGGAGGAUCCCGAUUCAGAAGUGUAUCCAUCGGAGGAUGAGUCGGACACGUUCGAAGCAAUUGUUCAGUUCGAUUUUAACGCACGAUCCGAGAGAGAAUUGUCGUUACGGAAGGGAGAUACUGUGAUACUGUACAAUCAGGUUUCCAACGAUUGGUGGCGAGGUGCAGUAAACGGCAAAACUGGGCUCAUUCCGGAUAAGUACAUAUCGCUAAAAAUCAAGGACGAAGAUCGCGAUAAAAGUGAACAUUUGAAAUCAUCCAGUUCGGAAGAAUCCGUCCGCAAGCGUCGUCCCAGUGGAAACAUUUCACUCAACAGUCAGCUAUCGAUUUGCACACAAAACUCCAACACACUGUCCAACAUUACGUGCGGUAGCGAUUACACUGCGUCCACCAUAAGCGCUGCCACAGCUUCGGCCAGCGGGCACAGUGUGGCUGUCGGAGCGACUGGCAGCGGUGGCGGCGUCGGCGGCGGUGGCGGUGCAUCAAGCAGCAGCAGCAUUGGAGGAGCUGGGUCUACCGCAGCAGGCAUAAUGCAGCCAGCGCUGGCAUCUCCUGGCCAUCCGCAGUACCAUACCAUUCAGCACGCACCGGUGGCCUCUUCCGUUCAUCACUCGUCCACAGCAACGUCGCAGCAGUCGCUCACGCAGCAGCAACCGGUUGCUAUAGUGACGCACCAGCCACCGUUGCCGUCUGCGCACCUCGCUCCUCCAGUGAUUGGGGAGAAGUUGGGCGGCGAGCUGAAGGAUGCGGACUUCAUUCACUACGAUAGUGUGGAUCACUUGAAAGCAUCGCCGUACAACUACCACGACGAACCGCAUUCGUUCGAAAACUCGUUCGAGUUUGUCGAGGAUAUGGCUCUCUUCACAUACGAGACAUCAAAACCAUCGGAACCGAUCUACGCAGAACCGACCAAAAUAACGAUGAACCGCGAGAAGUCGCCCGCGGCCGACAGUGGUACGAGCAGCAACAGCAACGACGAGGAAUCGGACAACGUAGAAAUUCGUCCGCGGCUCGGCGGGAUGGGUGAUCCACCGGAGCACAGCAAAUCGACGCUGGGGCUGAACCGGCGCAGCGAAUCGACGCUCACCAGCACGAGCAAAACGGUGGACGUAGACGGCGAUGGACCGGCGGCGACCAGCACGGACGACUCGACCGACCAAUCCCGACCGAUGCGCAAGUAUCACUCGAAGAGCUUCAGUUUGUCCGAGAACAAGCUGUCGCUGGCUGCGGCCGGCGGUGGCUCGGCCACGCUAAACGUGUUUCAACAAAAUCGCGACCUGUGGCAGAAACGUGCCGCACAAAGCUCCUACCAGAAUCUGACCACGUCGCGCAUCCUCAGUCGCAACCGAAUUGCGCCGGAUCUGGUGAUGGAUUUGCCACCGUCCGCCAUUAGCAAGGAAACGGCGCACGCGUCGCGCGAAUCGCUGGACACCGAGCUGGAGGACAUGACGUCGGCGGAACGCUUUGCGGCCCAAAACCAGUGCACGCUGAAGAAGAAUGAACGCUUUUCGAACGAGUCUCCCGUGUACGAGAACAAUACGAUGAAGAAGGAGGUUAAGCUGGACGUGAAAGGCGGCACAGCGACGGAUAAACCGAAGGCGGAGGUAAAGCCACAAGAAAUCAGUAUUAAAAGCUCCGCCAGCGCAGUGGAAGUGCCGCAGAAAAUUGAAGACUGUACCACGACGGCCGGAAGCGCCAAAGAGGAAGAAUCGAGAAGGAUAUCCGGUGCCGGUGCCGGUGCCGCCAUACCGGUUGUGUUGUCUUCCUCGCCUGCAGGUAGCAGCACUCCGAGCACGGUGACUGACGAAGAAGCGGAAGGGGUCGUUGAGGGCGUUGGCCUCUUGCCGGCAACCUCCUCCGUCGCUGGCGGGAAAGAGCUCAGCAAGAGUCCCAUUCCGGUGCGCAACACGCAGAAGUUUGUGUCUCAAUUUGCCGAUUUGCAUUUAACUGGCGGUUGCUUGAUAAAGUCCACGGAAGGAACGUCGGCAGCGACCGUCACUUCCAUGGCGCAGGAGCAGCAGGCCAAGAGUCUGAGCUCGUUCAAGCCGCAGGUGAAGGUCAAGCCUCAGAUACUGAAAAAACCGCAGGUGCUGCCACCGCAAACGCCGGAGAUGCAGCGCCGCAAUGCGGACUAGAAGUGGCUGCUGUUCUCGCGCUCCAACACUUUCAACAUGUAAUAUCGCUGCGUGUGUGAGUGGAGCGACGAGAACUGGGCCCGCGCGAAGGGACGGUUGACUCGUGGAACGCUCUCAGGGUUCCCGAACGAGUCUACAAUUGGUGCAAAGUUUACAAUCUUCAUACGCAUAACACGAUAAUAAAUGUAACAGACUUGCGCACAACAAUACAUACAAACGAUGGAAGAUAUUGAAGGCUGACGUACGUACGACGGACGAUACGAUCCAUAACAGUGGGUGCAUGCAUGCGUGCGUGUGUGUGUGUGUAUGGUUGAGGGAAUGGGAGAGUGUUGCGGAAUUGAACAGGGCACGAGAAUGGAUGGAGGAAAACACCAAUAUUUCGAAUAUAUACAUUGAUGGGGGCAACGUUUUUAACGAUUAAGAAGACUGGGUCGGUACAAUACACAAUACUCGUAAGCAAGGGAAAGCAAACAUAAAGCGUAACGUUAGAGGCACACAUGGAAGGACAACACCAUGGCCCAAGGAAGUCAAAUGAACUGAUGAAGGUGCAGGCCAGUGCUGUCCGCCAGGUGCCGUUUGGCGCAGUCAGUUCCAUUAUUCGGUUCUUUCUUUCUCUUACGAACAACGAAAUUACUCUCCGUAACCGGGACACCACCGGGUAUGAUCUGGCAAGCUGCUGCAGGCUUGUGUUUCUCUUCCCCUAUUUUAAGUCGGACUGUGUUUUAAUGGUACCGGUAGUUGGAUAGCUCGACUCCUUUAGUAGCACUUUAAUAGCUUUACACAUUCUAGUACGGCCACGUGCACCUCAAGCUCAAGCAGCAAAAUGCAGCACCAGCGAAAGUGAGCAAGAGAAAGAUGGAACACCGGAAAGCCGUAACGAAUACAAGGUACACGAGACGAGAUUUAACCAGUAGCAGCAGCAGCAGUAGAAGCUGCCCUCGCAGGGCGCAUAAAGGAUUUGGCGGCAACACAGAACAGGGAAGCUAGGUAUAAAUGUAGGUGAAUACGAACUAGUAAUAGCUGCAAACCCCUUUUACUCGAAACAACACUAUAUACGACGACUGAUACGACUUUGGCAAAUGUAACCACUUACCAUGUUUUACUGUUUACAACUCUGUACAUUAAUUCCUUCUGUUUGAUUUAAAUAUCCCCUCCCCCAUCGCCCUCUCCCUUCCCCUAUACACUCCAGGGGCUCUCGUGCUGGCGGUUGUUGUAGCAGCAGGCAGGUAAACGAGAAGCAGUGUAAUGUAUGUAUGUCGUAUUAUAUCCAUACUGGCAGAGCAAACGUGUAAAGUACUCAUUCUAACCUAUUGCAUCGUCACGAUCAUCAUCGGUAUCCUUCGAGCAUAACCUCCAGCAGAACCUAUUUAACGCUAUAUCUGUCGUACUACAGCAAACAAGCAGCAUAAACAGCAACCGUGACAGUUACUAUACACCAUCCAUUAUUGCAAUACCAUUUCUAAGCACUCUUUCAAUAAUUAAGAUGCAGUAGGCGAUGGCGGACGGCGGGUGCAUGCUGCUGAGGCUGUCACCAGCCAGCCAGCCAGCCAGCCAGCCAGCCAAUAGCAGUAUCCAAUAGACGAAUAUAAACCAAUAAUCUCUUGCUAUCUUCCUACCUAUAUUAUCCCCACUGUAAGUCGUGAAGAGCAGAGAUAGAGAUGGUGCAAGAGAAGCCGAUGAAAUAUUCCCACAUACCGUGCUAGCAGAAACAGCAUCAUCAAUACACUUUUGUUGCCAUUGGAGGAAAUGUCAGUGUUAAAGUAUGCCAUGAAAUCGGAGGUACUAUGUUCAGGGUUUUUAGUUCUAGUGCGCUUGCAUGGAUGGUCAGCACGGACGACGCCAUAUCAGGACGCGCGAGCUGCUGAUUACACCAAACGGCGAUGAAUGGCGCAUGGUGUGACCGUUUCGAAUAAGUUUACCCAGUUUUUCCCACAUUUCCAGCGAGUGCGUGUUGCUGCGAACGGGUGGAUUCUUCUAGUGGGGUGAGAUCAGUUGGGUGGGUAGUGGGCAGUGAAGACUGCAGUAAAACGCAGCAAGCGAGAAGCAACGCGAAGUAUAAGAAAUAUACAUACUUCUACAGAUACAUACUAUGCGAGAUGGCGCAUCCGCAGUAUAUACAGAAUAAAUGUGAAUCUAAUGUGAAACAGUA